AUGAGUGAAGUAGAGAUCAACGCUCCUAGAGUCACAGACUCAUCCGUCACCGCUCGGCCAGCCACGGACUCGGCGCCUCGAGCGGGCGACGACGAUCGAGGGAGAGCCGGUGUAGCUCCCAUCAAACCCGAAUACAUCUUACCUGUUACCAACAGCAACGCCUACGUCAACGAGGCAGACGACGAUGCUGCGGAAGGCUCCACAUCCACGGCGCACCAGGACGGCCGUGAUUCCAAGCGGCGCAAAACAGGCGGACCAGGCGACAAGAAGAAGAACCGCGGUCAAAACAAGAAUCGAGAUCUUCGUACUGUGGACACUGGACCCAAGAUGUGCCGAGCAUGGGAAAUGGGAGAGUGCACCCAUAACCCUUGUAAAUUCUCACACGACUGGACGGCGUACUUCAAGUCCAAGCCCGCCGAUCUGCCGUUCGUCGAGGGGUACACCACCGAGGAGCCCUUCGUCCAGUACGCGCAGGCGACGGUGGGUGGGGCUGAGACGGACUCGGUCGGUCGCGCGAUAGACCUCAAGACGAGGUGUCCGGUCUAUGCGGAUCUGGGGUACUGUCCGUUUGGCUGGAAAUGCCGGUUCUUGGGUGGACAUGUGCGGAAGGUGCAAGAGGGCGAGGGGGCGGAUAAGAGCAAGAUGGUGGGGGAGUGGGAGAUGACGACCGAGUUGACGAGGGAGGAGGAGGAGGGGUGGAAGAAUGGAGAAACGAAUUGGCCGGAUCACAAGGUCUUUGGCGAGCUUAGGAGAUGUAUCUACGACUACCCCUUUACGAGACGCUACCUUGAAGCUGUCGAACCCAACAAGCCAUUCACUCUCACCCGUACCCCCAAAAACAAAUUUAACAAGAAGCCCGCGCCCACUCUGGCCGAACAGCCUGACAUCGCCACCAAGGAUGUCAUGUAUGACGAGGAAGGAGCUAUGAAUGCGGACGUCGCUAUGGGAGCAGAGGAGGACGCCAUGAAUGUCGAGGAGGAGGAGCAGAAGGGGGUCGUCGACGGGCAGGCGGAAUCACUGGACGUCCCGCUUAGGCCAGAAGAAAAGAGACGCCUGAACUGGGAGAAUGGGUUGUACCUCGCCCCCCUGACUACCGUCGGCAACCUGCCAUUCCGUCGCCUCUGCACAACGCUCGGCGCAACUAUCACCGUCUCUGAGAUGGCUCUCGCCCAACCCCUCAUCUCCGGCCAAGAUACCGAAUGGGCGCUCUGCCGCCGUCAUUCUUCCGAGAAGAACUUUGGGAUCCAGCUCGCCGGGAGCUACCCAAAUCGCAUGGUCCCCGCGGCAGAGCUGAUCGCAAAGGAGCUGGGCGCGAGCGAUAAGUCUGGAAAGGGAGUGGACUUUGUGGAUGUCAAUCUGGGUUGCCCGAUUGAUUUGGUAUUCAACCAGGGAGCGGGGAGUGCUUUGCUGGACGUCCCGGGACGCUUGGGCAAGAUAUUGGUAGGCAUGAACAGGGCGCUAGGCGAGAUUCCCUUGACUGUCAAAUUCCGUACCGGCGUCGCCACUGGCAAGCCCAAUGCACACAAGCUCAUUCCCCGCUUCGCGACCGAAUGGGGAACAUCAGCUCUUACCCUACACGGCCGAUCCCGUCAACAACGCUACUCCAAGCUCGCCGACUGGGAAUACAUCCGGCAAUGCACUUCCACCCUUCGCGAGUCCCUGUCGGAUGCCGGACUCCCCUCCGUGCCCAUGUUUGGGAACGGCGACUGCUUCUCCUCGCAGCAGUACUACGAGGAAAAGGAGAAGAGCGGGGUGGACGGGGUAAUGAUUGCGCGUGGGGCAUUGAUCAAGCCGUGGAUCUUUACAGAGAUUGCGGAGCGGAGGGAGUGGGAUAUCAGCGCUACGGAGCGAUUGGAUAUCGUCAAGAAGUACGCCGAAUUCGGUCUCACACACUGGGGAUCCGACUCGCUCGGCGUCCAGAAAACGCGUAAAUUCCUGUGCGAAUUCCUCUCCUUCACACACCGCUACGUCCCCAUCGGUAUCCUUGAGCGCAUGCCGCCGCAGAUGAAUGAGCGCCCGCCCAAGUUCCGCGGUCGGAACGAGCUCGAAACGCUGUUGGCGAGUGAUAAUUCGAAUGACUGGGUGCGGAUCUCGGAGAUGUUUUUGGGCAAGGCGGAGGAGGCGUGGGGCUGGAUCCCGAAGCAUAAGAGUAAUGCGUAUGGAGGGGAGGAGGCGCAGGGGUAG